GCUUAGCCUACAUGUUCACUGCAGAUUUUUGUUUGGGGCACGAGGGCAGCAGACCAUGCAUAAACACACAGAGAGACUAGGGGAGAUAGUGGUGCCCAGCUACUCUUAGGAACUGAAGAGCUGUAGCUGUCCAUGCUUUCACUGCUAGACAGUGUCUGUCUUUGCUAACAGAGAGCAGUGGGAAUUGUGUUUGUUUCUAUCAUAAGUUUUUUUUAUUCAUCUCAACUCUUUUUUUCAAACAUGGGGUGUUCCUCCUCCAGUGCACAGACUGUUGAUCAAGAGAAAAGACCAGGCACAAAGCCAGAGGAGAGCAAUGGAGACACAGUGGCAGUCAGAAACGGGAUCAUUGCAGAAGAUGCACAAACCAUCGAGGACCAGAUGCAGUUGCCUGUGCAGACUGCCUUACCGGACGAUCUUCAACCAGGAGCUGAUGAUGAGACAGAGGUCGUGUUGGUAGCCCUGGAGGCCCAGGAGGAUCUUGGCUCUAGGGAAGACCUCCUGGCUCCACCUGAGCCUCAGCCAGAAACUGUCGCCCCUGCAGAACCAGCUCCAGAGGCUACUGAGGAGGCACUACUCCCUGUGGAGGAAGCUGCGCCUGUAGAAACUGUAGUGCCUGAGGCCGAUUCUGAGGUCAAGGCUGUUGCUGAGGCUACAGAGGAGGCCCCUUCUGUUGAAUCGGUGCAGGCAGAGGCCCCUGCUGUUGUUGAGGAGGCAUCUGCUGUGCCAGCUGAGGCCGCUCCAGAGGUCAAAGCACUUGUUGAGGCUACAGAGGAGGCCCCUUCUGUUGAAUCUGUUGUAGCUGUGCAGGCAGAGGCCCCUGCUGUUGUUGAGGAGGUGGCUGCUGUGCCAGCUGAAGUCUCUCCUGAGGUUGUUGGCACCCCUGAUGUUGAACCUGUUGCAUCUGAGCCAGCAGAGGCCCCAUUGGCUGUGGAAGAGGCCGCAUCUGUAGCAGCUGUAGCGGCUGUAGCGGCUGAGGCCCCUGCCGAAGUGGCUGCUCCUGUCGAGGUAGAAGUGCCAACUGACAGUGCUACACCAGUUACUGCCUCAACAGGACCAUGUGAAUCCUCAGAACCAGGAGAGGCUUCAGCACCAGCACCAGGGGCAGCCUCAGUUGAAGGUGUAGUACCAGAUGAGGCUUCAGCCCCGACUGAGGCUUCUUCAACUGUAGAGGCAGCAGCGCCUGUAAUAGAUACAGAGCUUGCUGUAGCAACUAUUCCAGAGAUGCCUCCAUUAUCUCCUGUCAGAGUUGAGGACCAAGCUGAGCCUCAGCCUGCCGUUGAGGAGGCAACAGUACCUCCUGCUGUCGCUGUGGUGGCACAAUGCCCUACAGAAGUCACCCCUGCUCCAGCCCCAGAAGUUGAAUCUGCUGCUACUGAGCCAGUCCAGGAGGCAGAGGUUCCAGCAUCUAUACCAGCGGUUUCAGAAGCAGCCCCAGAAGCUCCAGCAGCAACUGUGACAGCUCCUGUGGUUGAGUCCACCCCAGCAGUCCCUGAAGAACCCUCAGCUCCAGUCCCUGAGGCUUCACCUGAAGUGGUGUCUGCAACUGAGGCCUCUCAGGAUAUGGAGAGUGAGAAAGCCAAAAAGGAGGAUUGAGUGGAGAGAAGAGAUUCACCAAAAAUAACAAAAACCCCAAAGCCGCCAUUGUGAGGCAACUGGAAGAAAAAGAAGAUAAAGAAACAAACGCUACAUUUUCAGUAUUGUCUCAUCAGCGCUCACCAAACUGUAAACCAGAUCUAUUAAUAAGCAUGGUGCCUUAAUAACAUGUCAUUUAGGAAAGAUCAGAAUUUUUCCUACAUUUGUAAAUAUAAACCUUUAAGUUUUUCUACUGAGACCUUAAGUGCCUGGAGCAACACACUCUACACACAGGCAAAGAAAAUGCUAUAAAAACACUUGGGACAGGUUACAUGAGACAAGAGGGUGCAAUGACAUCUUGAAAUAUAUGAACUAGGGAAGCAUGCUUGCUAAGUGAAUCCUUGACUAUUUAAAAUAGCUGCUUCUGUGGAAUACAAGCCAAACACAACUGUGAAUAAAAUUAUGCAAAGAGGUGACAGAAAUACCAAACUGGGUGGAUGAACAACAAAUGGCUGGGUUUACACUGCCAGCUUAAUUGCAAUUUUUUAUCACCUAUAUGAAAUUGACAUUUUUGUUUGGUGUUUACACAUUAUUUAAUUGCAGCCUUGCUAAUAAGGGUAAUUUAAUUAAUAUGAAUGACAGUACUAAAUGUUGAGUAACUACUGUAAGUUAAAUCCACGUUUCCUUAAAAAUAUCUCUUUGAUAUCACUUUAUUGGAUUCCAUGAAUAAAUGUUUUUGUUUUUUUAGUAAGGAAUAAAAAAUGCAUGCAGAUGAUCCGAAGCACAUGCAAAAGAGUAGAACUGACAUAAUGAAUCACUGCCAGGCUGAGGUUGCAGAUGAGUACUGAUAUGUCAUCUUGCUGUUCCAUGAAGACAUUUUGUGCAACUGUACUGUAGCUGGCAGAUAAAAUUCUCCACCUGAAAAUAAAGGCAUUUCCAAAUAUAUAUUUAUAGGCAUCAUUAGGCCUUGCUACGCUGAUGUCAUGUGCACAUUGGUUUUGGUUUAAGAGCACAGUAGAAGAUCACCUAGUGGACAUGAUUUUUACAUUAUCAUUAGUUCUACAUGCCGUGUUUAACAAAAAUGUAGGAAAAACUGUAGGUCUUAAAAGUUAUUUUAAUUGUGUAAGAUGUGAUUGACGUUGUGGGGACACAUUUGUUUUUAUGUCUGACAACUUUUUUCCAUCUUUGUUUCUCUGUAAUAUAUCCAUUUUCUGAGCUUUGUGUAUGAUUCUGCUAACCUAGUGUACAGAAUAAAA